AACAGUUGGGACAGGACUCACUACAGUACCGCGAGGAAGUUUUGAGUGUAGUAAUUAAUGUACAGCGUCUCACGUGUUUGACCUCUGAGUAUAAUUAUAAUUUAUAUUAGCUUUAAAUCAGUACAUGUGCUACAUUGAUAAAUUAAAACAUAUAGCUGUUUUGCAGAAGUACAGCGUCUUCGUUCUCGAGGCAUCAAGAAAAUAUAAACAAGGCUGUCACGGAGCUCGCCAGAGACAUGGGCCAGCUUUGCGCUGCAACACUCUUACCAUUUGGUGCCAUCUGCGUUGUUUUUAUUUGGGAUUGUGGUGCCAGUUCUUUAAUAAAAUCAAGAUUUGCAGUGCUCACUUCAGGGGAGGAGUGUCCAGAAAACAAGGUAGUGACAGUGGAGUACCCCUGUAUUACAGCAAGGGGCACGGAUGGCACCUGUCUCAGGAGGAAAUGCUGUGAGGGCUUCAGGUUCGUGAUGGGCCAGUGCAUACCUGAAAAUGUGGAUGUGUGUUCUGGCUCCCCCUGUGAACAGCAGUGCACCGACAACUUUGGACGGGUUGUCUGCACCUGUUACCCCGGAUACCGCUUUGAUCGAGAGAGGCAUCGCAACCACCAGACCUACUGUUUAGACAUCGAUGAGUGUGUGGAGUCUGACGGCAGUGUCUGUGAUCACAACUGCGAGAACACCGUGGGCAGCUUCCUGUGUCGCUGUCACAGGGGUUACAUCCUGGCACCGGACAAGCACUCCUGUAUACCCAGUCACAACCUGAGCUCGUCAGGGAAGUCUGACACCCUGAUGAGUGCUGGCUCCUGCUCCCUCACCUGUCAGGACUUUGUCAACAUGAGGAACAGCCUGCUGCAGCUCAAACUGAGGCUGGGCAGCACUCAGUCACCUAACCAGGUGUUGUCUCCUGGCCUGGCUAACAGCAGUGAUAAGCCGUCUGCUGGGAGGUUGGGGAAAGGUCCUGACACCCCCGCCCUCCCUGGUCCUCCUGGCUCUUCAGGAUCCCGUGGGGUCCCAGGCCAAUCAGGAGUGCCGGGGGAGAAGGGAGAGCCUGGAGAGAGAGGCCUGACCGGCCCCCAGGGGCCACGGGGAGACAUGGGCCCUAUGGGCCCCGAGCCUGACCUGGAGCACAUCAAGAGGGGUCGCAGAGGAGCUGUGGGACCUCCUGGCGCACCAGGCAGAGAUGGACUGAAGGGUGACAGGGGAACUCCUGGUCCCAGAGGUCUACCAGGACCUCCUGGCUCCUUUGACUUCCUCCUGGUCAUGAUGGCCGACAUUCGCAUUGACAUCAUCGAGCUGCAGGAGCAAGUGUUUGGGAAGAGGCGGGGCCUCUCCUUAGACAACCCGCCCCACUCCAGCGGAGAGACAGGGUUCGGAGAGUGGAGCUCCGGACAAGGAGAGCUCAUGCUCAAUACCUGAACUCCAUAACCCUGACCACGGCAACUGUCACUCAAAACGAUAAGCCAAAGGGAACUAAUUAAUCAACUGGCUCUUGUAAAGCAGAGACAUUGACCUGACUGAACUGACUCCUUUCCUCCAGUGAAACCUUGUCUCUAAAACCCAAAUAGGACUGAAUGAGGUGAGGAGACCUCUGAUCAACUCUCUCCUGUCAGAGACAUAGACUAUAAACAAAUGGAGAGAGAGAGAGGGAGAGAGAGAGAGAAUGGCAAAGAUGGAACCACUGACCGUCCAAACCAAACCACUGCAAGCUUUGCCUUGCCGCCUUGAUGUUUCCUUCUUGACUGGUCCAGUCUGACUGAGGAGAGGGGGUAUGCCUUUGCGUGCAAGGCACAAGGGGGUGAUGGUUGUAGCCCUGUGUGACUGUCUUUGUGCGCUCUGAGCUGAACAGCUUCAAACACAGCAAGGGCUUUAUCGUCUGCAUCUCUUCCUGUUCCUGUCAAAUCUGUACAGUCCAAGGAGAGGAGACUCCGGUCGGUCGCUGCCUGACACUGCUUACCUGCCCUGCAGUGCCUAGAACCAGACUCAGGCCUCAGACUGCACCUGUCCAUGCAACCCAAAUCAACAGCUUUUAUACCGCUGCCACUACACUACAGACUCUCUGAAGCAUCUUUAGAGAUACAAUACAUAUACUAUAUUAGCAAAACUAUGUGGAUACCUGCUCAUCCAACAUUUUUAUUUUUUUAUUUCACCUUUAUUUAACCAGGUAGGCUAGUUGAGAACAAGUUCUCAUUUACAACUGUGACCUGGCCAAGAUAAAGCAUAGCAGUGUGAACAGACAACAC